CCAAUGACAGAACAAGUCAGACUCAUUGUGCUGCAAAAUUAGCUCUUUGAGGAAGGACGUGGAAUCAUGGCAUUCAUUUUCUGUUAGUAGUCUUAGAUUACAACAAUUUGGCAGAGACUCGUCAGCAAAGCUGUGGAAAUUAGAUCCAUGGGUUCUCGGGCGACUCCCGUGACCGAAGUGCAGACAUCAAAGAAAUGGAGCGCAGAGAUUGUGGGGCUCGACUGGAAGAAGAUGGACACCUCCAUUCUUGAUGAAAAGUGAUCUCCGGGCGAAGAUCUCGAUCCCCUAGAAUAGUGUGGACGACGUAGCGGUGGCACAAAAUUGUGAUGCAAAGUGGCCACAGCAUUGCGCUCCUGUCGCAUUUAUUUGGCCACCGACGAGUCAACACAGCUCAUGAGCGAGCUCGCAGAGCUUCUGGGGCGACGGGAGCGUCGUACUUGUUGACACUGAGCGUUGUGGGCAGUUGGCUCGGAAGCGGUGAAUUCUGUUUCGAUUUAGGGAUCAAGACCUGUGGGAGACAGGAAGCAAGCGAAAGGGAAGAGCACGGGAGAGGAAAGCGAAGGCGGACAGCUUAGAACGACAUACUUUUUGAUAGAUCAAUCCAACAUGCGAAGGGCAACAAUUCGCGUGGUGAUACCUGUGGUCAGGUGGCAGAAAUUUCGUUGUCUGUCUCAGGUUACAGAUGGAGUACCGCAAGUCUCCUCUGCCCAGGAGCGACCAACUAAUACUAGUAGAGAAUCAGGGGACGACCAAUUUGACGUGGUUAUUGUUGGGGGUGGAAUGGUUGGUGCGGCUGUGGGAUGCGGCCUAGCAAGUUCUGCACUCACAAGAUCAUUGAGGGUGGCUAUAGUGGACGGGAAUCCUGCCACAAAAGAAAAGUACAACAAAAAAAGCGAUGCGGUGCCUGAUUCCAGGGUAAGCGCGAUUACUCCAGCGACGGUCCGCUUCCUUAAAGAUGUCGGGGCUUGGGAGAACAUCCAAAGAAGUCGACAUGCACCAUUUGACGCUAUGCAGGUCUGGGAUUAUUCUGGCUUGGGAUAUACGAGGUAUCAAGCUGCAGAUGUCGGAGAAGAUUUUCUUGGAUAUGUUGUGGAGAAUAAUCUUCUUAUAUCAUCUCUUGCCUCCGCUUUGGAGCGUACAGGCUUUGCGGAAAUUAUAUGCCCUGCAACAGUACAAGGUGUACAGUUUCCUGCUAAGACCUCCUCUUCAUCUGCUCGGAAUCUCUUUGAGAAUUUGAGCGAGAGAGCACAAAGUCACAUUGGUGCAUCAACUUGUGUCCGGGAACAGAAGAACGUAGGGCAAACGAGUCCAAAUUCAUUUGCUCUGAAUGACGACUGGGCUCAAGUCAUGCUCGAAGGUGGAAGACUGCUUCGAACUCGGCUUGUGGUGGGAGCGGAUGGUGGUCGGUCUAGAGUGAGGGACAUGGCAGGUUUGGAAACAAGAGGUUGGGACUACAAUCAACAUGCGUUGAUUUGCACUGUGCGCGUUGGAUAUCAUCACUCAACAGCCUGGCAAAGAUUUCUUCCAACUGGACCCCUCGCUCUACUUCCGGUCGGAGAGGAUAUGAGCAAUAUUGUAUGGUCAACAACUCCAGAGAAGGCUAAGGAGCUGAAGGCUAUGUCGAAGGAAGAUUUUGUGACCGCAGUCAACCGGGCACUCACAGAAGACUUUGGUCCUCUUCCCAGUUCUCGGAUGGGUGGUCCUUUCAACUCUAAGUGGUUGACACCAUUAUUUGGAGAAAUGCCUCCUUCCGUAUCUGAGCCGUUUAUUGCUCCGCCUCCUGUCACGGCGUGUCUUUCAGAUCGACUUUCUUUCCCAUUAUCCCUCAGGCAUGCUACCAAGUAUGUAUCCAACAGGGUGGCUCUCGUAGGAGAUGCAGCCCAUACUGUUCAUCCGCUAGCGGGCCAAGGGGUCAAUCUUGGUUUCGGCGAUGCUGCAACUUUGGUAGAAACUUUGAGAGAAGGCAUCAAAACUGGUCAAGACAUCGGAGAGCUCGCUCUCCUCGAGAAGUACGAGAAGGAGCGCUUGUGGGCCAAUCUGCCCAUGAUGGCCGUGCUCGAUGGCUUUCAACGAGUCUUCGGAACAGAUUUUCCUCUUCUGAACAUAGCCCGUGCAGGUGGAUUCAAUGCAGUCCAGUACAUCGGACCUUUGAAAAAGAGAAUUAUAUCAUUUGCCAUGGGCAGUUGAGAUGACUGACGCCCAGAUGUAGGGUGUUCCAACGCAGAGGAGCAGCUCGUUGAAGUAAUUUUGUUUCUUCUUUCAAUGACUGGUCAGGAAGCCUGUUCAGGGGUGAAUUGAUCAUUGAUAGAGCGCUAUCAAUGAUUUAAAGGUGAUGUCAUCCAAACGCUCAAGAGAUGCAGAAGAGACGGACAAGAGGAGCACAAGGAACAAGACGAAGAUCUAGUGGUAGGCAUCGAAACAGCUCCAGGACGGGUUAGACCUCAAAGGAGGCUGACAUCCACAUAUCCAGAGAUCUAUUGUCCAUAACUACAGAGUCAAUUUGUGGUGGUAUGCACUUGAUAUCCAAAUGUGAUUACUUUGUCAUUGAAAGCGAUCGAGAAGAUGGUCCCGUGUUAUAUUUACAAUCAGGUCAACUCGUCACAAG